AGGGCACCCUGGAGCAUGAGGAGUCCAGGAUUCUCCGUGUCCAGCUUGAGCUAAACCAGGUCAAGGGUGAGAUUGACAGGAAGCUUGCAGAGAAGGAUGAGGAAAUGGAGCAGAUCAAGAGGAACAGCCAGAGAGUCAUUGAAUCCAUGCAGAGCACUCUGGACUCUGAGGUCAGGAGCAGGAAUGAUGCCCUGAGAAUCAAGAAGAAGAUGGAGGGAGACCUUAAUGAGAUGGAGAUUCAGCUGAGCCACGCCAAUCGCCAAGCUUCUGAGGCCCAGAAACAGCUCAGGAACGUUCAGGGACAACUCAAGGAUGCCCAGCUGCACCUUGAUGAUGCUCUGAGAGGACAGGAAGACAUGAAGGAGCAGGUGGCAAUGGUGGAGCGCAGAAACACUCUGAUGCAAGCUGAGAUUGAGGAGCUGAGAGCUGCUCUGGAGCAGACAGAGAGAGGCCGCAAAGUGGCUGAACAAGAGCUGGUGGACACCAGUGAACGUGUUGGGCUGCUUCACUCUCAGAACACAAGUCUCCUGAACACCAAGAAGAAGCUUGAGUCUGACCUUGUUCAGAUCCAGAGUGAAGUUGACGACACUGUACAGGAAGCCAGAAACGCAGAGGAGAAGGCCAAGAAAGCCAUCACUGAUGCUGCAAUGAUGGCAGAAGAACUCAAGAAGGAGCAGGACACCAGUGCUCACCUUGAGAGGAUGAAGAAGAAUCUGGAGGUCACAGUGAAGGACCUGCAGCACCGUCUGGAUGAGGCUGAGAAUCUGGCCAUGAAGGGAGGAAAGAAACAACUUCAGAAGUUGGAGAGCAGGGUUCGUGAGCUUGAGGCUGAAGUUGAAGCAGAACAGAGACGUGGAGUUGAUGCUGUUAAGGGUGUCCGCAAAUAUGAGAGGAGAGUGAAAGAGCUGUCUUAUCAGACUGAGGAGGAUAAGAAGAACAUCAACAGACUUCAGGAUCUGGUUGAUAAGCUGCAGUUGAAGGUCAAAGCCUACAAGAGGCAGGCUGAGGAGGCGGUAUGUUAA